GGUUCCCUUUCAUCCUUGGCACGGAGUGCGCAUGCGCGAUCGUUCAACCACGUUCUUUCUCAGAAAGACGCCAGUACUCCGGGGUGUCAGCAUCAGACAUGAAUCAACAAAGGAACGGUGGACACGCGCCUCCUGCGUUUACCUUCAUCGACACAGCAAUGCCGGAUAAAAGCCGUGAAGGCGGCGAGGGUGCCUUAUGCACUUCCGACGAUUACCUUGCGUAUAUUGACGAGUACAUCAGUGACGGGUUAAAGGCGUUGAACCGCCAGACCGAUGCCACGGACGUCAAUGAUGCCACUGAGAGCGGAAGCACGAAUGAUGCGCCUGUGGUGUCCACCGCCAGUGCGGAUCACGCCAGGCCCAGUACGAGCCCCGCUGCCAUCGAGAAAGUAUCGUUCACUACGAAAGACACCGCGAGCCUUCCUGAUUGCGCCUUGCAUUACCAGUGGUACAUGGAGCAGACUCCGAUAACCGAUGGGACUUACAACGUCGAGGGUGUCACUGAAAAUUGGAGCGCAAGUUACCAGCACCUGGGGUUCAUCGGCAAAAUCGAUCACGCAAGGCCCAGCACAACUCGCGCUCGCAUGGAGGAAGCAUCAGCCAGUUUUCAAGAUGGCGUCACAAUUCCCGAGAGCAUGUGGGUUCACCAAGUGAACCCAAAGUGCCAACCGGCUGAAGACACAUCCACCAUCCACGCACCUCUGAUUUCGGGGCAUACAGAGAAGACCAAAACCGGAAGCACUAGUUUCACACUUCCGGUCUACAGCAGCGGUGGCGAUUACGCAGUGGCCAGUACGAGUCAGACUGGCACAGAGGAAGCAUGUGUCACUUCUCGAAACGAUGCUAGGAAUGCCACUGCAACCGGAGGAAGGGAACAUCAAGAGUUGUGUGGUGUCUGUGGCAAUGUUUCGAGCGCAAGGGACGCCUUACAGGGGCACGCCAAGGAACACACGGGUGACACGGCCCACUUUUGUAAAGCAUGUGAUCAGUCAUCUGUGAAGGUGUCUAAGUCUGUAGAACAUUACCGCAACCGUACAGGUAAAAAAUACAAAUGUAAAACCUGUGAUAAACUCUUCCACCGGGCUCAUCAUCUAGCUGUACAUUACCGCACGCACACAGACGAGAGGCCCUACAAAUGCAAUAUCUGUGAUAAACUUUUCCACCGGGCUGAUCAUCUAGCUAAACAUUACCGCACACACACAGACGAGAGACCCUACAAGUGCACAAUCUGUGAUAAAUCAUUCAGGCAGUCUGAUCAGCUAAACACCCAUAAGCGCACGCAUACUGGCGAGAGACCCUACAAAUGCCAAAUAUGUGAUAAAUCGUUCCGGCAGUCCGGUCACCUAGAUAAUCACAAACACACGCACACAGGUGAGAAACGCUACAUUUGCAAAACUUGCGGUAAAUCCUUCACGCGGGCGGAGAAUCUGCGUAGACAUCAGUACACUCACGCAGAGUAGAAACGCCGUGUAUGCCAAAAAUGUGCUAAAUCACUCAAAAACAAAUAUGAUCUCAAGAGGCAUGUAGACUCGCAACGAGGAAAUAACGCUUUCGUUAGCGAAAUCUGUGAUCCAUACUAUCAGAAAAAUUCAAAUCUUGGUCGUCACCGCUGAAAAAGGCACGUGCAUAAAACACCGCAUGACUGUAAGCAGUGCGGAUGUUGUUUUGCAGGCAAAGAAACACGCGAUAGGCAGUGUGUGCCAGAAGGAAGGCAAGAUGUGAACGAUGCAGUCUUGUUGUUCAGAAUUACGUCUCAAGACGUCGUCGCCAGGGUGCUUCAAUGUCGGAAAAUACGGCAGGUCCUGGCCAGCGCUCACUGUUCCAUGAACUAAGUUGUUCAAACUUGAAAUCAAAGUGAUUUCAAGAGGAACCUUAAUGUGGUGCAAGUUUUUCUUUGUGUAACUAGGGGGUUGAAAUGUCCACAAAAGAUGGUUGACUCCACAUUUCGUAAGGGGAACCUUUUGUGCAGGUGUUUUGACAGUGCACCAGCAAAAAAGCUUUAAUGAACCAUAUUCGUAGUUAUUUUGCAGCGUAAACAGAAUGGCAUAUAUGUCAUUACGAAUCAUUUCAAAAAGGAGGCACUGUGUUCUUGUCAAUUAAAAAGUAAUUACUUCCACUAAUCGAGGUCCAGAGGCCAAGUUGCCUUCGAGGGGCAGCACAUGUAGAUGCUUUUUACGAGUAGGUAUAGCGAUAUUAUAUGCGUAUGAAAAUUAUUUGCCUGAAAAUUUAGUUCUUUCUUUGGCGUGUCUAUUCAUACCGCAGAUGUUUAUUCUAUACCAUAACAUCAGCUGAUGACGGUAGUCACACAUUCAUACCGCAGAUGUUUAUUCUAUACCAUAGCAAACUGAUGACCAUAGUCACACUACGUUAGAUUCAAAUCAUUAGCACCUUCACUAUAUGAUAUAAUCUCCCACUAGGAAAACCUUUGGUUAGUCAUGUUCUAUUAUGGAGGAACCUUUGAAGUUUAAGCAACAGUUGUUUUACCCACUCGGAAGUCGUCUGUUUCGAGUCGCACUGCUCUCUUGUUGCAGCAGUACAAACUUUUUAGCUUGAUGUGACAAAGCGCUCUGUGCACUAAUAACAAUAAAGGUUUCACAAGUGUUUUACCAUACGUUUACACGCGUACUAGUAUACAAUUUUUUCUGAAUGCAUUUCACCGGCUAAAAAAAUGUUAGGUUACCU